UACACAUGUCGAAAUCUCUGACUGAUGUCCUCAUCAAGAUUUUCUUGUAUUGCUUGCUCGUUUCUUUGUGCAGGUGCUCAGGUGACUACCACGUCAUUAAUUCUCAUUAUUUCCUGAUGUAUUGAUACCGGAGACUUAAUCUACAGCACAAGAACCAUUAGUUUCUCAUACUUGAGAAGGCCUAACGGGGCAGAGUAUUUAUUGGCUUAGACAUUUUGUAGUGGCUAUAUAAAGAAUGGAAAUAUGGCUAAACCUUUGGUUGUAAAAACUUUCAUAGAGUUUUUUCACUAAAAUUUCCUCGUUCCUUUUUACUUCGUAUUUCAAUGAGCUGAGCAUCAUUGUAAACAAUGCAUACAUGCUUUACAGGAAACUUCUACAGGAUACGCUAUGCAUUUGCAUUUGGAGCCAAAAAGCUGGCCAAUUUACUUGAUUGUCCAAACGAGAAUCUGAUUGCAGAAGUCAAUUGGUUUUUUAGGAACACCUGGGAAAGGCAUGGAAGUGGCAGCAAUCGGCCUGAUGUCCUUAUCUCUAGUAUUUGCUCCUUGCAUCCUUCAAUCAAUUGCCCAAAUGAGGGUCCUAAUAAUUCUAGAGGCAUCACUAGUCCCAAGAGUCAGGUUGGAGGGGGACGUGCUUCAGGUGGUUAUGCUUCUAAGCUUCUGUGGCAAAGCUCAUCUCAUCAUAGCCUUAAAGGUCCAACUGAUUCAAGCAUAAUCUCAAAUGGUUAUCAAGAUGAUUUUAGUUUUACAGCCAUGAGUGCAGGGCUUGGUUCUGAUACUGAGACAUUGAAGUUACAACAGCAGGAACCGCAGGAUCUGGCUAAUCUAAUGGAAUCUUCAGUGAAUCAUAAUUCAAUUGGCCUGGUCCAACCAAUGUAUUUCGCUUGUCAUUUACCUCUUCCUUCGUCUCCUGGCCUAGCUUCAAUGGGUUAUGCUCAGAGAAAUUUGACUGGAAUUGUUCCAUCCAUUGUUACGUUGAUUGGCCCUUCCUGGGCAUAUUCUAUGCAGUUUUCUGGAGGUUUCGGUUCAUCAGAGCUGCCCUAUUAUUCUACUAAUGCUACCCAAAACUCAAACUCAGUAGAAGCAGAUCCUGUCAAUGAGAAUUCUGGCCAGACUAGCCCCGAGGAUGGAGAGAAUGACGCAUGGUAUGAUCAAGAUGCUGGGUCCAUCGAUGGUUCUGAAACUGAAAACGAAGGUUUGCAUAUUCACUCUGAUGAAAUGCAGCACUUAACCACACAAAUAAGUGCAGCAGAUACAUCAACUCCAUUAGAACCCGCGAUUGUUGGGAGUUCGUCGCAAAAUGCGGUGGAUAAUUCAGAUGUAGCUCCACUGUCCUUUUAUCCUGCAGGUCCAGUAGCCAUGUUUCCUGUGUACAAUUUUCCAGCCGAUGGGGCAAAUUCUGAUGGUUCAAUAAACCUUGUUGAUGGAGAACAAAAUUACAGAUCUCCAAGUACCACAAGUGCUGCAGCUCUGGAGUGUACUGAAGUGCACGUAAAGGAUAUGUUAAAUAGUGAUUUUGAUAGCCAUUGGCAAAAUUUACAAUAUGGAAGGGUCUGUCAGAACACCUCAAAUCAUGUACCGUUUGUCUAUUCUCCUCCUGUUAUGAUUCCUCCUGUAUAUUUACAGGAUCGUUAUCCAUUGGAUGGUCUUGUUAGAAGACCUAACAUCAACUUUUUAACUCAGGUCAUGGGCUAUGAUGGCCCUCACUUGGUUCCAGUUACUCCUCUGCAGCCAGUUCCUAUCAGGUCAUCUAAGGUUUGUGAUAGAUAUGGAAAUGGACCACCAAGUUAUUGGACUGGUACUGGAACCAACCCCACAAAGCCUAGAGCUUGCUUUAGAGAUCGACAUUCAAGCAAAAGAAAUCACAGGGUUGGUUACAAUAAUGACAGAGGUGAUAAAAAACACACAGCAGGAAGUUGGAUAAAAUGCAGCAAGCAAUCUUCUAAUCUCUCCGUUCGUAUGGAUACAGCAGAGAGACUAAAUGAUGAGAGGCCUGGUGAUGUAAAUCCAACAAGGAGAAUACAUGAUCAGAGCCAUGGAGAAGACAGAGGAGGCUCAGCUCAUUCUUCUCCAGAAAAACUCUCCUCACCGCAUAUCGCAAGUUAGCAUUCCUUUUCUUCUUUUAUAUAUAGAUUCUCAUUUGAAAAGAAUUGUAAAUUCCUGUCCCAGAUUUCGAGUAUUAGCCUCCUUUUGAAUCUCAGAUUUGAAUAGGAUGGCCGUUACUACAAAAUUUAGUUUUCUUUAAAUAAUAAAGUUUGUUUCGGGUAGCUUUUUUGAUUAUUUUUUGGUGGGGAAAACAUGCAAUAAAUAACACUUUUUGUUGGAUGAAAAAAAUCAAUGGAAUUCUUGUUUUAGUUUUUUCUGGAAUUUGCAAAAAGCAAAAUAAAUUUUUCUUUUUUUUUUUCGUUUUGAAAUAUUUGUAAUGUGCUCUGCU